AUGCAGCACUGUUCUCGUAAACCGUUUGUCAGGGGAGAUUCCAAAGGAAUUGGGAAAUAUUACCACUCUGACCUACCUAUUAACAGUUAUGCUCAAUGCGGCACGCUAUUAUGCAGGAGAAUAAGUGAUCUAAAUGGACCAACUAAGGGUUUCCCUAUGCUCAGCAAUAUGACCGGCCUGAUCAGAUUGUAUGUUGACUGA